AUGACAUCUCUUGAAAUUCCCAUGAACGAUGAAUCGACAUCCCAUACACAUUCCCAACAGAUUCUUUCAUCCACAGAGUCAACGACUCACAACCCGCAGUCGUCUUCUUCCUCCAGCCUCGUUGCUCCAGCGCAGUUACACGUCUCUCAAGCAACCUCGUGGACGCGCAUGGACUUGGCCAACGAGGAAACUUCAGGGGCAGAGCAGGUCGAACUGGAAAAUUUGGAUAGCUUUGAAGUGAAGCAUAGGGAAAUCUCAACCGAGCAGCUGCCACUCAGCCCACCACUCACUCGCGUACCUACCACUGACAGCACAAGCGCACGCAUCCUAACACCGCCACUGGAAAACGAGGAACAAGACCUGGAGGAAGUAGACAUUGUUAACCAUGAAUGGCAUCCUCUUGCACGCGCAGAGUCAGCAGCCAGGGUUGAUGGCUUGUCUUUACACGACCGCGAUAGCCUCGGUAUCGGUUCAGACACAGAUAAGAAACCUCGGAGGCGAACGAACCGCAAACCAACACAUCUAAACCUUGAAUUUAGGGAGCCUUCACCUCAGCCUUGGGAUAUCAUCGAUCCGCCACUUGACAACAAUGACCCUGCAGAAAAUGAAAGUUACUCGCCUUUAAUGUACCCGUCUCAGCAUACUGGGCAUCGGCGACCCUUGAUCCCCCACUCAUCAUACUACUAUGGACCACCUCCAUCAGACUCAGCCUAUGGAACGCCCCCAGUUGGACAAAUUGGUGUUCAUCAUCCUCGAGAAAUCGUACGCAUUGAAAGAGAUUAUGGUGGGGGGGAACUGACCCAGUUCUCUACAAUAUAUCCUAUUGAACUUGACGGCCGAAUAACACCGACUCAAUUCAUGGAGACUAUCAAUGACAUCAACGAGCUUCUUAUAUCAGCGCAUAGCGCCCGCCACUCUUUUAUAUACAAUUUUCUUGCGGUUGCUACCCUGCACCUCUCGACACUUGUCUUCACGUCACACUACGAUAAGGAGAUGCGGCGGUUAAAGGAGAAGAUCGAGGGAAUAAACACCCAAAUAUAUAACCCCGUUGGCCUCAACAUUAUGUGGCCCCGGAACGUGGCUUUUCUUUUCGUGCGUAUAUUCAUCACUCAAGGGUCCUUGUGCUCAUCAUUACUUCAUAAUGAUCCGUCGCUUGACAACAACAGCUAG